AACAACAACAACAACAAACGCAAAUCAAUUUUUUUUUUUUCUAAUUUUUAAGUAUAUUUAUAAAACGAAUCGAAUCGAAAGGAAACGAAACUAACGGAAAUGUGUGCGCUGCAUAGGGAUUCUGUUUUCAGAAUCUGUGGCAUGUAACGGUAUAGUUGUACGUACGCGUGUGUGUGCGAGUGUGUCGGUGUGUGUGUAUGUGUGUGUGUGUGCGAAGCGCGGAAUCGGAAUCGUAAUGCAAAGGCGGCGUUAUGGCACUGCAAGGCUGGCGCUUUUUCGGUGUCUCGGCAACAAUCAUCAUCUAUAUAGGCGGAGUGCUAUUUCUAUCCAUGAACAAUAUACCAGGCUCGCAUCCAAAACGCACGCGCAUCGAGCGAUUCGCCGAGUUUUCCAGCUUUCAUAGUCCCCGGUUCCCCAUGCCCAGUCGAAAGAUGACCAUUCGCUGGUGUCGCGACCUCAAGUAUCUAAAUCGCGAGCUUCCAAACUACACAGACUACAAAGCCGGCGACUACUACACUGCCUUGCCCAGCGACGCAAGCGCCAAUUUGCAGUUACAGGGUAUUGCGCCGUCGCCCAUGCUGACCGCAUUGGCGAGCUUUCCAGGCAGCGGAAACACGUGGCUGCGUUAUUUACUGCAGCAGGCUACGGGCAUAUUGACGGGCAGCAUAUACAAGGACUACGGCCUGCUGAAGACUGGCUUUCCGGCGGAGAAUGUGUGCAACAGUUCCGUCUUGCUGGUGAAGACGCACGAAUGGGGCGCCAAGGCAUGGGCACCCUUCUCUAAGGCAAUACUCCUCGUCCGCGAUCCCGAGAAGGCGAUCAUAGCCGAGUUCAAUCGCCAGAGCGGAGGACACAUUGGCUUCGCCUCGCCAGAUCGCUAUAAGCGCACAAAGGGCAAGUAUUGGCAACAGUUUGUGAGCAACAAGCUCAAAGGUUGGGAGCUCAUGAAUCUUAGCUGGGCGCGCAAUUUCACGGGCAGCAUCAAGGUUGUAUUCUACGAUGAUCUGGUCCAGCAUACGGAGCGCGAGCUGCGCCGCAUACUCGAGUUCCUCGAGUAUCCUGUCAACGAGCAGCUGCUGCGCUGCGCCUUGGUGCGCAAGGAGGGCAUCUUUCGCAGGAAGAAGCGCCUCCUGUCCUUCGAUCCCUAUACGGACGCAAUGCGAGCCGAGCUGCUGGCGCGCCGUCGCAUCGUCUAUGGCGUGCUGGGCAGACACGAUUAGACUAAGAUUAGGCAACGAGUAUAAGAAAUGCAAUUAACCACCUAAGGACAACCGUUCUGGCAUUCAGCGUUCAGCAUUCAGCACCAUUCACUUAAACAGUCCCACAGCUUUCCGAGCAGAUCCACAAAUGCCUUUCAGUUCGAGUCCUUGCUGCAAAAGGACUCUUAAUUGGACCAUAGAUCUCAAUCGAAAACCGUUUAGAAACACAUUUGGGCAACAGGCAAACGAACAAACAGAAGAACUACAAACUAAGCACUAGGCAUUAAGAAUUAAGAAUUUCGGAUCGAGGCGUAGGCGUAAGCAACACAAUAAUAUAUUUAUAACGAGCCCUGCCCAAUUUCCUCUGCCAUGCGCAUCGUUUCGUUUUCUUUGUUGCUUCGUUCAAAUGGUUAUACUACUAUAUAUAUAUAUAUGUAUAUACAUAUACAUAUAUAGAGAAUAUAUACAUACAUAUUUAUUAUAUAUACAUUUUUUUGCUCUAAGUUCGAUUCGGAUUUUGUUUUUGUUUAGGAUAGACUGUAGGAGUAGUCAUGCAUGCGAUUUGCAACGAGAACGAAAAUCGAGGUAUUAUGAUUCCUGAACGAAUUUAUGAAAUUCAUUAUACGCCAUGUUGUGCUUCAUCGCUCAAACAUUACAUAUAUAUGGCUGUAUAUAUACAUACAUGUGCAUACGUAUAUGUAUAUACAUAUAUAUGAAUAUGAUGUAUUCCAUUGAUAUUACUCUGUUUAUAUUGUGUACUCCAAUGUUAUAGACUAUCCUUGUAAAAAGUUUUAUACACGAUUCUACAAUAAUUUAUUGAUAUUAUAAACAAUGAUGAACAUAUUAGAUAAUUGUACAAACAAAAGGAAGUUAUAUAAAAAAAAAUCUAACAAAUAAACAAACAAACAAAUGUAACAAAA